AUGUCUAAAGUUCAGAUACCUCCCGAUGAGAUUAAGGAGAAGAUCGACGCUAUUGCUGAGUUUGUGGUAAAGAAGGGGAGGAGAAUAGAAGCAGAGAUCUUGAAGAAAGAGGAAGGCAACGAAUUUUUCGACUUUCUUAAAGACCAAUCUCAUGAAUAUCAUCCCUAUUAUGAAAUUAAAUUGGAAGAAUACGCUAAAGCAAGCGGUCUUCAUGUCCAGAGACGAGUUCAGAAGAGAGAAGAAGAGGCUGAAACAGAGUCUAAAGUUAAGAAAGAUGCUCGGACAAAAAAGAAGACUCAGGAAGAUUUAAGAAAAGAGAUGUUCAGGAAGAAAGUACUAAAGGCUCCUCCUGCUGAUCAAUUUUCCAUCCAUCACCCAGAACUGCAUAUCCUCGAUUCUGAAAUUAUGAAGCUUACUGCACAAUUUGUCACUAGAAAUGGGCAGAGGUAUAUGUCUACACUACAGGAGAGGCAGCACAAUAACCCUCAGUUUGAUUUCCUGAAACAUACUCACAAGCUAUUCGGAUACUUUACAAGUUUGUUAGACUCUUACUCUAAGACCUUUGUGCCUAAAAAUGAGUAUAUUAACAAGCUCAAGAAGUUCAGCGGGAGCCAAACCGCCAUCCUCGAGCACUGCGGGGCUCGGUUUGAGUACGAAAGGCAACAAAUUAAUGAACAGAAGGAAAAGGAGAAGAAAGAGAAGGAAAAUAAGAACAAGCCUGAAGAGUUUGACGAUGACUUCGAAGUUGACUGGGAUGAUUUUAUCCUAGUACAAACUAUUGAGUUUGAAGAGGAUGAUGACCAGUUCAUGAAGCCUGACCUCCAACAACUAGGAAUUGAGGAUGUUAGUAACAAGAUUGACAGAACUCAGCAGAGUAUUAAGCGUGACCUUUCGAAACUUGAGCAGAAUGUCAAGGAGUCAAAUGAAAUUGAACCAGGCAUGAAAGUUGUGACUAAUUAUCAGAAGAAAAAGAAAGUUAAUAAAGAAGCUACCCAGAUCUGUCCUAAGUGUGGUAGGCAAAUUCCAAUGAGUCAGUGGAGCGAACAUAUGAGAAUCGAGCUGCUUGAUCCAAAAUGGAGAGAGGAGAAGGUCGAUAGUCUUCAUAGACAGAAAAAUCCAAUGACUGCUCAAGGAGAUGAAGUGUCAAAAUCUUUGACUAGAUUCAUCUCUAAAAGGCCUGAUAUCUCAGGAGUUGAUGCUAAUCAAAGAGUUGAAGAAAUGACCUCAGAGCAAGAAAAAAUGGAUCCAAAUAAAAUUAUUUGGGAUGGUCAUUCAAGCUCAAUCACUCGUACCACAGCUAACUCUGCAAUGCUCGCUCAGCAGCAGAGAAGAAACCUAGAAGAAACUAUGAGGAACAGGCCCGAUGUUUAUCCUAAUGGUGCUCCAAUGCCUCCAUCUGGCUUCCAAAUCCCCCCUCAACCUCACUUCACUUCCAUGACCCAGUCACAACUAAUGGGAUACCCAGCUGUGCCUCCUCAGAACCAAAGGAACCAGGGUAACCAAGGACCUCCAAGGGGUUUGAUUCCUCCUAAGAAGGCGCAACCCCAAAAGAAGCAACAAUAA